AAAACGUCGAUCUCAGAGAGUGGGAGAUACCCGAACUGCGCGUUCUGGUGAAGAGCGUCGAGCGGGAGGCCCCGGUCAACGAGACCUGCCGCUUCCGGACCUCACUGGACAAGGUGGACUGGACGGCGGUGGCCGCCGGCAUGGGCGGAGGCCGCUCCGGUGAGGAGUGCAAACGGGCGUUGAACAGCAUCAUUCAACAGGUCCGCACCCAUCGCACCCUGUCGGAGAUUCUGGCAGACGCCAAAGUAGUCGCUGAGAAUCCAUUUCGAAAUAAGCGCACUGGCCGCAUCAACCACCCGGACCAGCCCAAGAAGCCGCCCACGCCCUACUUUCUCUUCUUCAGCGAGAAGCGCGCCAAGUACCAGGCGGUCAAUCCGGGGAUGAGCCCCUCGGAGCUGUCGAGCUUCAUGGCCGCCGAGUUUAAAGUCUUGAGCGAGAAGAAGCGAGCAAAGUACCGAAAGAAGUACGACAAGGCAAUGGAGGAGUACCGGCAAAAGUAUGCCGAGUUUCGCCGCCGUCACCCUGAUCUCUUCAAGCGCAAUCGAAAACCGGCGGCCACGCCAAAUGACCUGGGAGAAGUAUCAGGCGAUGGAGCCAAAGGCGGCCCGGAAAGCAAUAUGGACCUCCUGGAAUGCCCUCUCCGAGAAGCGGCGCAUGAAGUGGAUCAGGAAGGCGGUGACGGACCAAGAGCGCUACGAGGAGGAGAUGAGCACGUACUGUGCGAAGCACCCCAACUACCUGCGUCCGCCGCCCACGCGAAAGAACGUCUCCGNACGGACCAAGAGCGCUACGAGGAGGAGAUGAGCACGUACUGUGCGAAGCACCCCAACUACCUGCGUCCGCCGCCCACGCGAAAGAACGUCUCCGUGCUGACGAGGGAGGAGCAGCGGCUGAAGAACCGGUUUGAUGGGGUGCCCGAACGCCCAUCUACCUCGGGCUACGCCUUCUUCACCCAGCAGAUGAUGGAGAUGACGGAGAUGACGAAGGUGCCCCCAACAGAGAAGUUGAAGAUAGUUGGCCAGCUGUGGCGAGAGCUGAGCGAAGAUGAGCGGGCGAAGUACAACGCCGAAUUUGAGAAAGAUCAAGCUCAAGUCGUGGAAUGUUUUGACGCCUACCUGAAGGGGCUGCCUGAAGAAAAAAGAGAAAAGGUUUUUUCGGAGCAGCGGCUGAAGAGCCUCAGCAAGCCACGAAAGAUGACCAAAGCCCAGCAAGCCCAGUUGCUCUCCUCUGCGUACACCUACUACCAGACGGAGGAGCUGAUGAGGAUACAGCGCGAGCAGCCCAGCAAAAUGAAGGGCGAACUCAUACCGGACAUCAAUCGACGGUGGGAGGCAAUGACCAGCAGCGAGCGGCAGGUGUACGUCGACCUGGCCGAGUCGAUCAAGAAGUUCCUGCCGGCGGAAAAACCAGGCACCUCGGUGUACCUGGAGCGGUCGCGGAAGAAGGCGGCGGUGAACCUCAAGGAGGUGGAGUUUGUGGAGAAGAGCGGGCUAAGGCGGCCUCCGAAGAAUGGCUUUGUUUUGUACAAGAGCGAGUGCGGCUCGAAUCCUGAGUUUGCCUCGCUGCUGCCCACCGAGAAGACGAAGCAGAUGGCGGCGGUGUGGAAGGUCACCUUUGCUGAGCACCAGCGGCAGUACUAUGUGAAGCGGUGCAGGGAGAUACGUGACGCCUUCAGUGCCCUGGUGAGAAAGUAUGAGGAGACGAGCCAACUUCCGACACCUGAAGAAGCGGCAGCUGUUCACUGGGGCAAGGCAGUGCCUAACAGUGACAACGCGGGUGCCAACAAGAAACCAGUUCAAAACAAGUCAUCGCAGAAGCCGCAGAACAAACAGAAG